AUGGCGUUCCAGACGCCCAUGUUAGCGCUAGGACUCCCACAAACGCGUUCUUGCAGCCGAGAUGGCGUUUCUGUGAGUACCAAGGAUUCUACACUAUCUCGGUGGCCGCGUAUGAUUGCCGGCGUCGUACUCACAGCUUUGUGCGUGUGCGGAAUGAUGACGUGGCGUCUCUUUACUCAGCUACCGUCGUCUGAGGCGUCUCCACGGCGGUCACUGCACCAGACGGUUUUUCCUGAGACCGAAAGAUUGCAGCGUUUUGAGAAAGAAAACAGAUUGAUCGACGAGCGUCAACGUGACAUUAAGAAACAUAUAGAACCGCGGGGCUAUCACGACAAGAAGCAGAUUGUCAUGGUGCUCACCCACUUCCGGAACAGCAACGCGUGCGCUCAAACGCUGGUAGAUGCUCGUGCAAUGGCGCUGUUAGCUUCGCGUGUACACUUUCGUGUGUUUGAGGAACUCUAUUUGACGCAGGAAAAGACGUGUAUAGAGCGGUUUUGCGAGCUGAAGCCGAAUGAUUGCAAGCAACUGCUGCGGUCUGGACAACUUCGCACACAGAAGAGAGACGCGUCAGGAUCAGUUGGAGCGACCGUUGCUCGUUAUGUGGCCGAGGGAAUGGUGGAGCACAAAUACAUAAGUGACUUUUACCUUUCGAUCGAUCCGGCAAUCGUGGUGUUUACGCAGAAGUGGGACCUUGAGCUGCUUAAACAAUGGUACAGUAUAGGCAAUGAUAUGGCCGUUUUGAGUGUCUCACCCAAGUCUGUAGAACUGCGUGGGAUGGUGGACAAUACUAUUCUCGUGCAAUGCUCGGCGCGCAUUCACUCCAAGUCCUUAGAUGCUGUGGUGGAAUUCAACUCUCCUGAACCAGUAUUACGUCAAGGUGCUGCAUUGCUGUCACCGGUGUUACAUACCCAAUACUCUGAAGUAUUUCAUUUUGGUCCAGCUCGCGCACUCUUUGAUGUGCGCUCGGACCCGCACACGCCUCUAGUUUCUGUCGGACAUGAAUACGCGCGAGCCGCGCGCUUUUGGACCCGAGGCUACGAUUUUUAUGCUCCUAACAAAGACGUAGUAUUUGCUCGCUAUCGGUGGCAAGAACCUCCGCUGCCCGUGCCUUCUAGAUCAGUUGACGAUGACACGGAGAAGCAGCGGCAACGUACGAUAGACAAGGCAAAUCGGCGAAUUCGCCGACUGCUAGGAUUGUCUGUAUCGGUCCAAGACGAUAAGUUAGAGCAACCUGAGGCCUACGGACUCGGUAACAGCAGAUCAAUGACGUCAUGGCAGCAAUUUUCUGGUAUUGAUCCAAGCAAAGCCUUUAACGAGUCCACGACGAACCAAUUUACACGCUGUGAAGCAAUAGCAAGUGGCCAGGUGCAUUUCAUUCCAUAUGAAUAUGAAAACAAAUGA